AUGGCUAGCGCCAAGGUGACCUCCAUCGUCCAGUCGCUCUGCAGAUACUGUACUGGUACGCCGGUCGCCCGCGUGCUGAACAAGUUCGUAGAGAACCAGUUCGAGAAGCUGGAGCGACUGCUGGAGAUGCAUGAGGACAGAGCACAAGUCUUCGAAUCGGUUGGUAUCCUCCAUAAAGGCGGCACAGAGUUUUGUAAGGCUUAG